AUGAUUAGAGAUAUUUAUUUACAAGGUUAUGGAGACGAUUUUCUCUAUGGUGUACGUCUGAAAAUGGUUUCUCGACCGGGUAAAGAUAUUUUAUUUGGUGUUGAUGCGCUGAUACGAGAUGGCAUUGCCGACCCAAGACGAUUGACAAUUGGUGGCUAUAGUUAUGGUGGAUAUUUAACAAAUUGGCUUAUUACUCAAACGACUCGUUUUAAUGCGGCGUUGAGUGGAGCCGGGGCUAUCGAACAUGUGAUCGAUUGGGGAACAAAUGAUAUGCCAACGAGCAAUGCCUAUUUUCUAGGUGGCUACCCUUGGCAAAUACCAACACAUUAUCAGGAAGAAGCAGCAAUAUUUCAACUGAAUAAUGUUAAAACACCGACACAUAUUGUUACAGGUGAAAUUGAUGUGCGUGUGCCUGUCGCAGAAAGUUAUCUAUUGGAACGAUCACUUCGUGUUCUUGGUAUUCCAACUAAAUUGAUAGUGUUUCCAGGCCAAGGUCAUGACCUUAGCACCAAUCCAUGGCAUGAAAAAAUCAAAGUGCGUGAAGAAUUGAAAUGGUUACAAAAAUACGGUCAUAUUUGUGUAUCAACAUGUGAGGGAUACUUGGUAUCAUCGACUCAUUCUCCAUCCAUGCAUCAAUUCAUACUAAUCAUGUUUGUCAUGUAUACAUUUAUCCUUGUCUAA